GAAACACUCCCCAGGCAGAGGGAGCACGGUUGGUGGUGCCUUCCCUUCCGCCUCAUCUGCCUCAUCUGAGGCACCGGCCCUGCGGCCUCCCUACAAGCACAAGGAGGAUCAGCUCCAAAGGGAGAGAGGAGCCCAGGACUGACCCAAGAUGCCUUCUACUCCAGGGCAGCCCUCUGAGCACAUGGAGGGGCCUCCUGUGUUGGAGGCAGCCUCAUGGCCUCCGCUGCCCUGCGGGCCCUGUAUCCCCAUCAUGCUGGCCCUGGCCUCUCUCUCCGCGCUCUUCCUCCUCACAACAGCUGUGCUGGCCGAACGCCUGUUCCGCCGCUCUCCGCAACCAGACCCCAGGAACCAGGCGCCCACCCUGGUCUGGCGCCCUGGAGGAGAGCUGUGGAUUGAGCCCACGGGAACCCCACGAGAGCGCUCAGAGGACUGGUAUGGCUCCGCGGUCCCCUUGCUGAGGGACCAGGCCCCAGACCCUCCCACCCCUGGAGGCACCUUGGAGGCCCGAGCAACAGCCCCACCUGCCUCUUCAGCCCCUCACUCCCCUCCCAGAUCCUUGGUCCCCCAGACACCACCCAAGGUCUUAGCCCACAGCACCUUUUGGGGACCCCAGGUCGGGGAGGAGAGACCCCAUGCCCCAGGCCUAGUGAGCUGGGCUGAGCCUGAACAGGGACCAGUUGCCAGUGUGUACUUGGGGAGCCCCCAGUCCAGGAGGCAGCGGCCAGGAAGCCCUGAUCCUGAGUGGGGUCUCCAGCCUCGGGUCACCCUGGAACAGAUCUCAGCUUUCUGGAGGCGUGAAGGCCGGACAAGUGUUGGGUUCUGAAUCCCCAGCGCCUGGAGGACUGCCCUCCCGGAGACUCUGAGGAAGGCCCUACCUCAGAGGGACCUUAAGACCCUGGGGCUCCAGCCUGGGAACCCGAGCUGGUACUGAAGCCCCCCAGAGAAGAAUGCCCCUGCCAGGCCUUUUACCUCUGGAUUUCAAUUCCCCUGGCUCUAGGUCGGGGCAGAUUGGUUGCCCAUAGAGCCUGUGCUGCAGGGGAAGCCGAGAGGGGCUUCUGCCUCGCUGCCUGGGGCUGUGGCGCAGACAACUGGAGGUGGGGCCGACUCUGGGCCAGAAGCCACCAAGAUCACAAUCUGGAUUAAGAACUCAAGGUACCAGACGGGCAGGAAAUAGCAUCAAUGCAGUGGCUUCCACCUUCCUUCAGUGUGCACCUAAGAUGUCCAUAUCAAAGUGGAGGAGUCUCGUGGAUGUGGAAGGACAGACUGAGGGUGCUGAUGAUGAGCGUCAGUUGUGCCAGCAGGAGAUGACAGGAAUCCAGCUUCCCAGAGCCACAAAUCAUCCCUCCAGGAAAACAUACAGAGAGGUCAAGACCAGGCAAAGGAGCGUCUUACUACAUACAGACUAUGGCUUUGACCCCCAACUGGCAACAGGGAACUUGGUUAGCCAACCUGCGGAGCCCCUCUCUUGCCUGCAGCUGGGACCUAGAGCCAAAGAAGACCGAUGGGUGCCCUGUCCUCUUAAGGCCAACACACCUCAGCCCUCUGAAUCUUAGCCCUCGACAGCGAGGGAGGCUGGGGCCAAGGAGAGGUGAGUUUGAUCCAGUGUGGAAAGGAGCACUGUCCCGGGGCAGGGUAGCUCCCAAAAUGCAGCCGCCAGCUAUCUUCCUCCUGGCUUGCUGGCAUGGUCCAGAGAGACAGAUUUUCUCCAAGACAGACUUACUUAUAAUGCUCCAUCCCAGAGAAAUGGAGUCUGGAAAUGUCCUUGGCCCCUAGUCACCUCUAUCAGCUGACCUCACUUUGGGAGCAGAGCCAGGGGCUGGGGAGAGGGAAGGAGUUUCUGUUCCCUGGGGGUCUGAUUUCCCGAACUUCAGUCGUGAAUGUUAGGAUUUUUGCCAUACCAACUUACCACCUGUACUAUUAUUUACUUUAUAUUUUUCUUUACAUUGGUUUACUAUUUGCUUAAUAAAUUUAUUUUAAAAGGAA